UGAAUACCAGCAGCGAUGAUAAAACAAUGUUCCAGUCUUAUCUCUUCAUUAGAAACCUGCGAGUAGAACUGACUACAGUCGCACCCGCUGCAGGUGAAACUACCGCUCAGGUGGGAGAACCGGUUGUCGUGGAGAAAAUUCUCUGAGGGAAACAAAACGGGCUGAAGAGCGGCUGAGCAGAGGAGGGGGAGACCAGACGUCUUGAUAAGUCAGGAGGAGAAGAAGGAAAGACUAAAACCAUGGCAGAGCAUCCAGCAGCAGCAGGAGGAGGAGGAGGAGGAGGAGACGUCAGCCUGCAGGACGUCCUGACAGGACGAAUAGAUGGAGCUCAGAGGACGGAGAACGGCUCCAACAUGAUCCGAGUGUUCGUCAGCUCCACCUUCACCGAUAUGAGCAGCGAGAGGAAAGCCCUGCUGGAGAAAGCUUACCCAGAGGUCCUUGCUUUCUGUCGCAGUCUGGGGAUGGUGUUUGAGGUGGUGGAUCUGUGUUGGGGGAUUCGAAGUGACUCUUUCGGAGACCAUGAGGUCUGCGAGAUCUUCCUGCAGGAGAUCAAGAGCUGUCAAAGGAUUUCAGCCGGUCCAGCUUUCAUUGCUUUGCUGGGGAACCGGUACGGCCACCGGACUCUUCCUCGCGUCAUACCGGAGAAACAGUUUGAAGUCCUUUUGUCCAAACUCUCCAAAAGUCCCGACGGCGUCAAGCAGCUGAACAAGUGGUUCUUAAAAGACAACAAUGCGGUCCCGCCCACUUACAUUCUUCAGCCAAUCACAACUCACUUCCCCCACUACAGCGACCUCCGACCUGAGAGCGGCUCGCAGCGUGACGAAAACCUCCUCUCUUGGCGCCUCACAGAGACUCAAGUGCUGCAGCUUCUUCGCUCUGCCGCCACAGAUGCUGAGGCAGCCGGUGACAUCACAGAAGAGCAGAAACAACUCUACUUCACAUCAGUCACGGCACAAGAGUUUGAGCAGGGUUUGUGGAAGGACAGCAGCGAACAGUCGGCUCUGCUCUUCGUGCGAGAGAUUCCCAGCCAGAGAGGGAAGGACGGUCCCAAACGUUUUGCCAAGUACUUGGACCUGAGAGGGGACGGGCUUCUGGACAAAGAGGUUCAGGGACUCCUUGCCUCUCUCAAGUCCCGCCUCUACGCAACGCGGAAGGAGAUCCUCAACUUGCACUGCGUGGAGCUCAACAAGGGAAGCAUCGACCCCAUGCGCAAAGAGCACGCCCAGUACCUGGACGCCAUCUGCGAGCAGUUUGUCUCGCAGAUGAAGGUCCGCAUCGAAGCAGUGGUCAAUUCACCGGUGGUGGGCAGGCGGAGAAGGCUCUGGGGGAACAUUGAGGAAGAAAGGGAGGAAAUCUCCGAUUGGGUGGUUGAGGAAGUUCUACGGCACGCCACCAUGAGCACCAAGCUGUGCAGAAGUCUUCACGGCAGGGAGGGUCUCCUGGGUAAGCUCUGCUGCGCCAUGUGGGAGUCGACCAACGUCCACCACAGCCCGCUGGUGGUGCACGGGGACGCUGGGAUGGGGAAGACGGCUCUGCUGUGUAAAGUGGCGCAGGAGAUGCGUAGCGUUUUUGAAGCCGGGGUGGUGGUGGUGAUCAGGCUGCUGUCCGAUCGCCAUCCUCAGAGACCCGACAUCGAUCACGUCCUCCGCGGCGUCUGCUUUCAGAUAUGUCUGGCUUGUGGUUUGGCUCCACCCUCACACCCGACAGCCAACACGCACCUGGAGUUGCUCCCGUUCUUCUGGGACGUCCUCACCAAAGUUUCCGACCAGGGGGACACUCUGCUCAUCAUCUUAGAUGCUGUGGACCAGCUCUCGGACCAACAUCAUGCUCAUAAACUCCACUGGAUGCCCGCUGACCUCCCACCCAACGUCCACCUUAUAGUUUCCAUGGAAACCAACAGUGAGGUAUUUGCUAACAUGCGGUUGAAAUUGAAGAGUUUGGCUAGUUUCUUUGAAGUGGAUCGUUUGUCUCGAGACGAAGGAAAACAGAUGAUGGAGUCGUACCUGCUAGCUUCUCAGCGAACUUUGACCCCCGCGCAAAGCGACGGCGUGCUGCAGAGCUUCGAGCAGACCGGCAGUCCUCUGCACCUCACACUGAUUCUGUCUGCAGCCAAACGCUGGACGUCCUUCACCCUUCUCACGGCAACGCACCUGGGGCCCAACACACAGGAAAUGAUGUCACGGCUCUUCUUGAUGCUGGAGGAGAAACAUGGGAAGGAGCUGGUGGGCGGGGCUUUAGGGUACAUCACUCUGGCAAGGGGAGGUUUGCUGGAGGCUGAACUGCGUGACCUCAUGUCCCUGGAUGAUGACAUCGUGUGUGAGGUGUACAGGUACUCCCUUCCUCCGUCCCCCUCGUUGAUCCGGCUGCCUCCUCUCCUCUGGGCUCGUCUCAGACGGGACCUCCAGGAUCAGCUGGAAGAGCGCUGGACAAGCGGAGUCGCCACCAUUGCCUUCAACAACCGACAUCUGUGCGAGGCAGUUUCAGCUCGGUAUCUGACGUCACAGCGUCGCGGGCAGAAACUCAAGAUCCUGGCGGAGUACUUCCUGGGUCGGUGGUCGGGUAAACUUAAGCCGGUUGCUCUGCCGGGCCUCUCGCUGCUGCUAUCUGACAGAAAGGUCCCGCCUCAACCCUUGUGGUUUGCUCCAGGAUUGGCCAACAUCAGGAAACUUGAGGAGCUGCCCCAUCACCUGCUGCAUGCUGGUCUGUGGGAGGAGCUGCGACAGGAAGUCAUUGGCAGUGCUGAGUGGCUGUACUGUAAGAUGAGGGUGUGCGGGGUGUCCAGUGUGAUCCGGGACCUGGACCAGUGCUCUCAGUACAUGGACUGCACUGAGACCCGACUCAUCCGAGACACCCUGGUCCUGAUCAAAUCCAGUUUGGACUUCCUGGACGGUCACAUGGAACCGUUCCUCUUUUACGCUGAGCUGCUGGCCAGACUCUUCUCCUUGGCGAGGCCUUUCUCCUCUGUGAUUGGUCAGCUGUGUAGUCAAUGUGAGGAGAGCCUACUGAUGUGUCCCGAGCCCGUCCUCAUUCCUAAGUGCAGUUUCCUGCAGCAGCCAGGGGGGGCGCUACAACACACUCUGACCGGACUGCUGGGAGGUGUGCUCUGUGUACACGUCAGUGUGGAGGCGGGGCUUCUGGUUGCAGGCUCAGAAGAUGGGACGGUGGCGGUCUGGAGCCUCGCUGACCAGAGGCUCGUACACUCACUGCUGGGACACACCGGUGCAGUUCUGUCCGUCAAAGUGGUUGGCAUCGCCGCCCACUGCUUCUCAUUGGCUGCUGACGGUUCUCUGAGGAGGUGGAGCCUGAUAGACGGCCAACAGCAGCUGUGCAUCCAGGAGGCGGUGCCAGUUGACUCCACCCCUUCCUCAGUAUUCCUCCACCUGUCUGAAGAGCUGAUCUGUGUUUACACCAGGACACAGGUGAAGAUGUGGAAGCCGACCGGAGCUGAGCUCCUCCUCCUCAGCAGCAGUGACGAUGAGGAUGACGGCUUGAUGGUUCUGGGAGUUUUGGGCGCAGCGGUGGUUCGUCUUGGUGACUCUGGUCUGGUCAGAAUCUCCCACCCUGUUAAUGAGAGUCAAACUGUUGAGACUCAGCCGGACUCAAGCCCACAGAGAAGUUUAACUCCUGUGAAAUCUGUUACAUUACCCAAACGUGGGAAGGUGUUUGUGGUUUCUAAAGAAGGAUUUCUUCAUCAGAUUUCCACAACGGAGAAGCAGACAGCCGUCCCGUUUCCUCUGGUUCCCUCUUUGCUUUCUGUCACUGAAGAUGAAAAAAUACUAAUAGCAGGAAGUGAGCGGACUCUGAGUCUCUUUAACAUCAACCGAGACUCUGUGGACAGGUUCCUCGACCUCCAACACGACGACAACGUUUUGUCCGGCUGUGUGUCUUCGGACUGCCGACUGCUCGUCUCGGGAGCUGCUGACCAACUCAUACGAAUCUGGUCGGUGACCACUGGUGCGUUGUUGGACACUCUGUGUGGUUCAGACGCCCCCGUCACUUCUGUUGUGCUUUAUUACGGCUUCGUGGUGUCAGCCUCGACGGCAGCUGCCGGCGUCCAUCUGUGGAAUCUGAAGUACGACACCGACCACAAGCCCGUCGCCCACAUCCCUGCUGGCUGCGCCCACGUCGUUGUCGCCAAAGAUUCAGACCGAGUUUUUUACGUCCGGCAGCAGAACCAAACGGAGGUCAUCAGCUGGAACAACAACACAGGGUGUCUAUCGGAGCGAUUGGCGGUCUCUGCCGAGGUCUGCUGUCUGGAGUUGGCUCAAAACAAACGGCUGCUGUUCUGCGGCCUGAACACCGGCACCGUCCUCAUCUACCCCUUGGCCCUGCCCCAGGAGACGCUGUGCCUCCCCCCUCCGGAGAGCCUCUCCAGGGUGCUCUGCCUGGCCGUCAGCUCCCAGGAGAAGCACAUGGCCGUGGCCUACGAGGACUCCAUUUGCUUGUUCGAGAUCACCACCAGGGACAGCUUCCCCGCGGUGGAGGGACCCUUGCAGCGGCUCCCCCUGUCGCUCCUCCACGCCCCACUGUCCUCCAUGGCCCUGCUGUCCGACCGCAGGCUGCUGUACGGGACGAGCUGCGGGGAAGUCCGGUUCCACGACUUCUGCAACGGCAGCAGCUCGGAUCUGGAGGCUCAUCGCGGCCGAGUCACCUGCGUGACGGUCAGUAACUGGGGGACCCGAGCACUGGUGGGCUCCGAGGACGCCGUCCUGAGGCUGUGGAGCCUGAGCCCACUGGUCCUGGACCACACCAUGGAGUACAAGGGUUUCUUCUUCGAGGGCGUCCUCUCCGCUGCUUUCUCUGAGAGCGAUCAGUUCGUCUUCACUGGAUCUCAGGACCGAACGGUCAAAGUCUGGGACGUCGCUACGGGAGACCUGCUGUACGUCCAAUACGUCUACUCCCCCGUCGUCAGGAUGGUGACGGUCAGGAGCGGCUUCGUGGCGUUGUCUCAGCAAGGCUGCGUCAUCAGGGAGGAGUUUCGCUGCCCGGAGCACGUCAGUCCGGAUUACAACCCUCUGAGGAACGUCAAGGCCCGGUACCGGAUCACCUCCCGGGAGAAGACCGGCCAGCCGGUCCAGCAGAGGCCCGGAUCCGACCUGGAGCACUACAACCCGGCCCUGUUCAACCUGGACCUCGUGGGCCGGCUGAGAGAGAAACCCUCGUCGGCCUGCCUCAUCCUGUAGGACGCCGGGGCCAAACUCCAGGGGCCUGCAGGCUCUCGGGAGUUUUCAAAAGACAACGAGUGAAAAUGUUUAUAGUGAAGUUGUAACCAGUUAGUGAACAUGAAUAAUAUACAUAAAUGAAUCAUGAAUGUUUAGAUAUAGAACAUGUAUUUUAUAACAAUGUGUUAAAAUGCAUUCAUUAGUUUUUCUGGUCAUGUACACGCUUACACAAUUUAGCACUAUUUUGUUAAAAAUAUAAGUAUAGCUGUAGUGAGUGCAGAACAGAGAUGGACACAGGAGCUGCUGCAGUGGAACCGACAGUGACCCCACCUGCUGUCCUCCAUGAAGACAACAGGCGUCCACUCUGCAGGUUUUAACCCUUCAUCAAACCACAAGAACAGCAGCAGUGUGACAGACAGCUGGUCCACCUGAGAGCAAACACAAACACGACUGGGCCAUAAACACGGAGGCAAAGUCUGUAGUUUGAGUUAACCAUUUACAGGACGAAUGAAGCAGCGACCCACUCUGCUGUUGGUUUCACAAGUUUUAACUCAACGUCUGAGGCGUCUGGUUAUUCCCUCCUGUGGUACUUUACCUUUUUGUUCCAUCAGAGCGAGAGGCAGCGAUGGGAAAACUCUUCGCUGCGGUUUCCUGUUUGUUGCUGAGCGCGGCAGCGGUGGCGGCCCAGGGAGGCUAAGAUGCAGGAGCGCGCGCUGCCUCAGUGGCUCACCGGGAUCAUCGCCGUCUCCGGCUUCCUCUUCCUCGCCUUUGUCGGCUUCCUGGUGAAGAAGGCCUGGUGUGAGGAGCCACGGAGG